CCCGACCCCCAACCAACCCGAGCCGGACUUUCGUUUUCGCCAAAACAAGCCAAGCCAAGAGGGCCGAUGUCUUGAAUGACGACAGCAACUGUCGCGAUCCAGCAGAGUGAAAAUCAGAGACGAUUUCCGGCCGCCUCCACCCACCAGGUGGCGUCCCGGUCUAGCGUACAAACCAGCGGCGGCAACAGCAGUAGCAGCAGCAGCAUCAUAGCAAGGAUGAAUGAAACGCAGCAGAUGCACACGACGGACAGUUCGAACCAGCCGAGCAAUAACCUUAGCAUACACAACAACAACAAUAACAACAACAGUGGCAGUGGAACCAAGAACCGUAGCAGCAGCGGUCAAGAUGCCAAAAUGGAUCACCACCUUCAGCUUCUGCAGAGGGAACGGGAACGGGAGCAUCACCAUCACCAGCAACAGCAGCAGCAACAACAGCAGCAGCAGCAGCAAUCGCGGGAGUCUCAGUCCUCCUCCCAGAGCCAAUCCCAACAGCAACAGCAGCAGCAGCAGCACCAGCAGCAACAUCAUCGGCCACUGUCGCCGACACCCUCGGAGCAGCAGUAUGCACUCAAAUGGAACGACUUCCAGUCGUCCAUCCUGUCAUCCUUUCGGCAUUUGCGUGACGAGGAGGACUUUGUCGAUGUGACGAUUGCCUGCGAGCAACGAUCAUUCACCGCACACAAGGUCGUCCUGAGCGCGUGUAGUCCCUACUUCCGCAAGCUGCUGAAGGCGAAUCCCUGCGAGCAUCCGAUUGUCAUCCUGCGUGACGUCCGCUCGGAGGACAUCGAGAGUCUGCUGAGAUUUAUGUACAACGGUGAAGUGCACAUCGGACAGGAUCAGCUAAGCGAUUUCCUCAAAACGGCACAAUUGCUCCAAGUGCGGGGGCUGGCAGAUGUGACGAAUCCGGGCCGAACGUCCAACAACUCAUCGGCGCUGUUAAAUUCCUCCUCGUUAUCGACACCUGCUGUUCAGGAGCUGAAAGCAUCCCCCACUUCGACAUCGUUACCAUGGGAACUACCAGAAGAUAGCCAAGCUGCACCUCCACCACAAAAGCGUACCAAAAGCUCUGAACUGUUCCGCAAACAACACGGUCUCUGUCCGGACGAUCCAAUCCCAGUGGAUCUUCUGCCUAUCAAUCAGCACCCUCUGACACGUGAACGGGACCGCUCCAAGGACAAGAGCAAGGAACUGCGCGAUUUCGAACAACGAGAUCGAGAUCGUGGACUGGAAUCGCUGCUCGGCCAGGCUCUAGAGGGAGGACCCACACUGUCUGUGCCAUCGAAACAUCCCGACCUGCUGUCCCUGCAGAACGUUGCCAGCGGUGAAGAUUCCAACAGUAGUGAUACCGCCGCCUCCGACCACGGUGACGACAUCGACGGCAUGAACGGAAGCGUGGAACGUACGCAUCCGUCGUUCCCGUUCCUGGCGCUGUCCGGCAUGCCCGGGCUCAUUCCAGGCCCAUCCGGCAUGCACGGGGACAACUUCGUCUCUCGCCGUUCUCUAGAAAUGCGAGUACGCGCCACCGAUCCGCGACCCUGUCCGAAAUGUGGCAAGAUCUACCGUUCGGCGCACACCCUGCGCACCCACCUGGAGGACAAGCACACCGUCUGUCCGGGCUACCGGUGCGUCCUGUGCGGAACCGUGGCCAAAUCGCGCAACUCCCUGCACUCGCACAUGUCCCGCCAGCACCGUGGAAUCUCGACCAAAGAUCUGCCGGUCCUGCCGAUGCCGAGCCCGUUCGAUCCGGAGCUGGCAUCCCGACUGCUGGCCAAAGCCGGCGUGAAGAUUUCCCCGGCGGAACUGCGGGCACGGGCAUCACCGACCGGAACACGGCGAAACGACGGCAUGAAACUGGAGCUACGAUCCGGCGGCGAAGGCGAGGACUUUGACGAUCCGGAAGAUCUGACCAUAUCGCAGCAGAGCAGUCACAGCGAAAGCCAACGGCGGUUCCACGAGAGCAUGCUGGGAAUGUCACCAUCCUUUCCUUUCGCUGACGUUUCAGCUUUCAACCACCCGAGCACGACGAUAACGCGUGUUCGGCAGCAAGGCGACGGCAAGGGCGGACUGGACGGCCGCGGUGGAGAUGGCUGCGGAAACAACGGCAACGGCUCCGGAAUGGGAUCGCUCGGUGGUGAUCGUCACAGUGGUGGCGGUGGAUCGGGUGGAGGUGGCGGUGGAGGCGGCGGAAGCAGUAGUUCCAUGAACCACAUGCAACCGAAUACCCCCACCGGAUCGGCGAUUUUGGACACGUACUUGCAGUUUAUUGGAAUGGGUGGCAUGACGCAGGAGCAAGCGGCCGCUGCGAUUCAGGCAGCCAAAUACGCCCACCUGAAAGCGAUAGGACACAAUCUGGACCAGCUGCCGCCGGGGUUUCUGCCUCCCCAGCUGGACAUCGCCAAGCUAACCGGCAACAGCCAGAGCACCGAUCUGUCGAUGCAAAAAAUGCAAUCCCCAUCGCCGAACGUCACGAUAGAGCCGGCUUCGAACCGUGACGAUCGUCACCAUCAGCUUAGCAACCAACAGAAGCUUCUCUCGCUGGCAACGGCCGGCAACGGAAACCACCACAAUCUGAACAACAACUCGAUCCUGAACAGCGAUAGCAUCCGGCGUGGCGAUUCGUCCGAACCGAUGGAUCUCGGUCUGGACGGGCCGCAGCACAACGUUAACGACGAUGGCAAUAGCUCGGGCGACGAGCGGAAUUACUCCGACGACGAAGGAGUCGGUACCAACUAA